AUGAGUCCGAAGUUUCAUGCUUUUAUGUUACCAUGGUUUGCUUAUGGUCACAUGACUCCAUAUCUGUAUCUAGCUAACAAACUUGCAGAGAAAGGUAACAAAGUCACCUUCUUGCUGCCCAAGAAAGCUCAGAAGCAACUUGAGCAUCUCAAUCUCUUCCCUGACAACAUCGUCUUUCACCCUCUUACAAUCCCUCAUGUCGAUGGCCUCCCUCCUGGUACCGAGACAGCCUCGGAUAUACCGGUCUCCUUGGGAAAGUUCCUAUCCCAAGCCAUGGAUCUCACACGUGAUCAGGUCGAAGCUGCGGUUCUCGCUUUGAAGCCGGACCUGAUCUACUUCGAUCUUGCUUUUUGGGUGGCUGAAAUGGCUAGAGGACACAGAGUGAAGAGUGUGUGUUAUCAUGUGGUAUCUGCUGCAGCUAUAGCUUAUGCACUUUCUCCAGAUGCUGAACUAGGGCUUCCCCCACCGGGUUAUCCUUCUUCAAAGGUCACUAUCCGUGGCCGCGACGGUUAUACUUGGUUGUUCAUGCCCGCAAGUAAGAGGAUUUUUUUUCGGGUUGAGACAGGUCUUAGGAACUGCGAUGUCAUCUCAUUAAGGACAUGCCAGGAAAUCGAAGGCCAGUUCUGUGAUUUCAUCGAGCUUCAAUACCAGAAGAAAGUUCUCUUAACAGGUCCAAUGCUCCCUGAGCUAGACAAGACUAUACCACUAGAAGAUCAGUGGAGUCACUGGUUGAGGGGGUUCGAGACCGGGACUGUAGUGUUUUGUGCAUUAGGCAGCCAAAUCAAUCUAGAGAAGGAUCAGUUUCAAGAACUUUGCCUAGGAAUGGAACUGACGGGGUUACCGUUUCUUGUAGCGGUAAAUCCACCAAAAGGUGUGCAGACGAUUCAAGAAGCGUUACCAAAAGGGUUCGAGGAGCGGGUGAAGGGUCGUGGAGUGGUGUGGGGAGAAUGGGUGCAGCAACCUUUGAUAUUGGCUCAUCCAUCAGUAGGAUGCUUUGUGAGCCAUUGUGGGUUUGGAUCAAUGUGGGAGUCGCUAAUGAGUGAUUGCCAGAUAGUGUUGCUUCCAUAUUUGAAUGAUCAGGUUCUCAACACGAGGUUGAUGACCGAGGAACUCGAGGUUUCCAUAGAGGUGCAAAGAGAAGAAAGUACAGGAUGGUUCUCUAAAGAAAACCUGAGCGAUGCGAUCAUCUCUGUGAUGGAGAAAGACAGCAAGAUAGGUUGUCGGGUGAGGAGAAACCACGCAAAGUGGAAGGAGUGUCUGCUUCGUCAUGGACUAAUGAGCGGUUCUGUUGACAAGUACGUAGAAGCAUUAAUAAAUUUAAUUUAG